CAACUGCCACUCCCUUAACUGUCGUUCAGAACCUGGCUUCUCAGCUCUGCUACCUGGCUGGCUGUUUGGAUGGCUGCUGGCUCAGCAGGAGUCUGGAGAUCUUGAGGAGCAGGACACUGUAGAUACCAACUUGGUUAUUUGAGCAUCUUUCAGUGACCUUCAACUUUCGUGACGAUUCCUUUCACAGAGGAGGAGCUCCAGACACUGUUGCAGAGGGAAAUAUUUCUUUUGUCAUCAAAAUGAAAAUAGACUUGGAGGUCAGUGAGCCAGUCAACUUUAGCUCUGGAGAUCAUCAACAUCUGGUUCAUACAGCAGCCAUUAAAGGUAACACUGGCAGACUGGAUCAGCCCUUCACAGCUUCAUCUGGAGACAGGGUACAAGAAGCCGUACAAUACUCACAUCCAAGGAAUAGAGAUGGAGCAAAUACCUAUGCAGUACAAGUUUCUGAGGAUGUUACUCCCUCAAAUGAGACUGUAAAUCAAUCCAUUCCCUUUGAAAACACGUCUAUUCGUAAUGAUUUCAUUAUGAAAGUGUUUGUCGUUCUGUCCAUUCAGCUGUUCAUCACUGCAGUGAUUAUCGGCAUCUUUGUUUUCUGCGAACCUGUAAGAAAGUGGGUCAUCGCCAAGCCCUGGUUCCUGUAUGCACUCCUGUGCUUUGGCUUUCCUCUGACACUUUUGUCGUCUUACUUCAUUGCUAAGACGGACACAGAGACAGCAACUCACACGGACACAGAGAGAGAGACCGACCGCAUCCUCACCCCCUGUGGACUUGGGUUCCCCUCAGGCCCCUCUUUGCUAUGGCAAACUCGGCAAACUUGGCUCUCUUGAAGCCAUACAGGAACCCACCCGCAAGUCAGAGCUUUGUAUGCAGUUAGCCUGGGGGAUUUCAGUCCUCUGUCAGGAAAAACAAACAUAUGUUUCUCAUUAAAGAGUGCCUUCCACUUCCAACUCACAAACCUAUGAAAAAGAAAUGUAAUGGUCUUCAUUUUUGUAAGAUGUGUUUUACUGCAAGUCCCUCCUGGAAGUAGAAGUCAUUGUGAGCCUGUGUCUCCCCCCAGUUCUACAUCGUUCUUCUUGGUACGGGGUCUUCCCCACGGCCAGAGCUGGGGCUGUGGUACAAUCCCUUAACUACCCAUAAGUCCUCACAACCUGGCUCCAACAUCAUGGCUCAUCUGUCCACGCUUCUCUAUCACCAAAGCUGUGCUAGUCAUAUAGAAUUGUGUGACUACCUUUCUAACAGCCAAUUCUUUUGUUCCCUGUUCACAGAAACCCCAGAAACAAAUAUCCCUAAACCUGAAUACACUCAGGAUCUCUGAACCCGGGCUCAAUACCCCAGAAAGCUGGGAGCUUAUCACGAGAGACUUAGCAGCUCCUAAGAGUCACCCUCCAACUCUCAGAGGGAACCCCUUAACUCCCAAAGGUUUGGUGUGUCCUCAGCUGGCUGGUAGCAAUUGCCUAGGGUGUGCUGAUGUUCCUGAGACAGCCUAGCACUGGCACUGUGUGGCUAAGGAUGGUGUCUACCUUUGAGUUUGUGUUUCCUUCAUGUAAUGCUGACCAUCCUCUCCUGCGAUGACUGACUCACUCGAGCUGGUUCCAAAUCAUACUGGAGGUAGCUUACACUGAUACCCGCAAUACGGGAAGAUGAAUACAUUGGCAGGGAAAUCAAAUGGAAGGAGAAACAAAGCAGAGGCAAACAGUCAUUAGUGUGCAAAAUUCUGAGGCUCAUGCACUGGAAUUCUGCAUCUGCUAGUGCUCAAAGCAAGUAGAUCCCCAGGGCCAGUAGUGUGAGUCUCUGCAUGGGUAUCAAGCAGUGUUUAUUGUUAUUUACCUGCUAAAAGAAAUAGACUGGGGCAUAUGGCUGUCUGACAUCUAUAGUGGUAUUUCCUCCCAAGCAUCGAGGAACCUUUCUUGGUUGUAGUGGGUCCCCGGCUGGUUGCCCAGGCAAGCUAGAGAGAUGUCACAGUUUCUGUGCUGGGCUGUGUGGUAAUUUCACAAUGCCCUUGCCCCCAGAACCAUCUUCUUAAGAUAUUUUCUUAAUCCUUUCCUGGCUCAAUUUCUUCCUAUUCUCCAGCUCCAGGAGACAGCUUGGAAGCAGAGGUGGUCGGGAGGGGGCAGAGGGAGAGAACUAUUCUCUCACUAGGUAGCCCUGCCUGAUCUAGAUUGGCUGUGUAGACCAAGGCUGCCUCAGACUCCCAGAGAUCCGCCUGCCUCUGCCUCCUGAGG